GGCGUGCACAUCAAUUACCAGUGUUCAACAUGACAGAUCCAAGAAUAACAUCUGUAAAAGACCUGAUAGAACUGUGUCCUGACUUCCCAAAGCCUGGAAUAACAUUUCAGAACUUAUUUCCAGUGCUUAGAAAUCCUAGUGUGUUCAAGGGGCUAAUAGAUGUUCUCGUUGAAGACAUAAAGUCCAAAUAUCCUGCCGUUGAAGUCAUUGUUGGUCUUGACUCUAGGGGUUUUCUAUUUGGUCCAAUGAUUGCCCAGGAGUUAAAUGUUGCCUUUGUACCUGUAAGGAAGAAAGGAAAACUUCCCGGAGAGACUCUUUGUGUUGAAUACACUUUGGAAUACGGAAAGGAUGCAUGUGAAAUACAGAAGAACUCGAUACAGCCGGGACAAAAAGUUGUAAUAGUUGAUGAUUUAUUGGCAACAGGAGGUACUAUGCGGGCAGCGUGUGAUCUGGUGGAUGCUGCAAAGGCGGACAUUCUUGCUUGUGUUGUUGUUAUUGAAUUGAAAGGUUUAAAAGGAAAAGAUAGACUUAAAUAUCCUCUUCUAUCGUAUAUCGACUAGUUUCAUUCUAUGUCGUUAUAGUUUUCACUCCAUGUUAGAACUAUCAGUAACGGA